CUCACACUUUAACUCUUCAACCUGACAACAAACUGUGGGAAUAAGCUGAACAAGCGAAGCAUUUAAUGAAAAAGGAUCUCUUGGAAAAGCAAAUUACUCCCACUGCACCUGAAGAUCUGUUGGAUUUGGACUCAAAGACACUGAGUUGUAAGAAACAAGUGUGAUCUUUCAAGCAGGAUCGUGUGCUGGGCUGAUCUCGUUUUGUUUCCACUGUGCAGGAUUUAUUCUUUUUCCUCAGGGAACUUCAUCUAAACUGUGGAAGUACUAACCCUGCGCAGCAUUUGCAGUAAGUUUGCUUUAUAAUUUUCUUUUUACGGGACAUUUUUUAACUGUCCCUGACAAUGCCAGUGGUAAAAGUGGAGAAUGACUCCCCAGCAGACACCACCUCGUCUGCCUCCAACCCUCCACCGCAGACAGAGGAGCAGCCCAGAGGUCGGAGAAGAAAGAGACCUCUCCAGCGAGGGAAACCCCCUUACAGCUACAUCGCACUCAUUUCCAUGGCCAUAGCAAACUCCCCUGACCGCAAGCUGACUUUGGGGGGCAUCUACAAAUUCAUCACAGAGCGCUUCCCCUUCUACAGAGACAAUUCAAAGAAAUGGCAGAACUCAAUCCGCCAUAACUUGACUCUCAAUGAUUGCUUUAUCAAGAUCCCUCGAGAGCCAGGGAGGCCAGGGAAGGGCAACUACUGGGCUUUAGACCCAAAUGCAGAGGACAUGUUUGAGAGUGGCAGCUUCCUGAGGCGCAGGAAGAGGUUUAAGCGCUGUGACUUCAGCACUUACACCUCAUAUGUCCAUGAGACACCAGUUUUCUCUCCUGUCCAGAUUGCGAGAUCAGCCGCAUAUGCCAACUCAGUCUACCCGAACAUGACAGUCAGUCCCACCUACGGGCAGCAACUGCCUUCUGCCUAUUACCCCUCCUCAUCUCCUCCUGGGUUUGGACCUGGUCAGACCCGCAUGUUCAGCAUCAAUAAUAUCAUAGGUCACCCAACUCCAGCUAGCAUGCUAGGAGGUCAAGGCCCAGAGGUGAUGCAGCAACCGAGCCGCAGCUUCAGUCCCGAAGGGAAUCCAAACGGAUCCAGUCCCUGCAGCCUGGUAGCCCCGGCUUUCCAGAGCCAACCGUGUGGAGGGGUCGUAUCAUCCCGCCCCUCUACGCAUCCCGGGUUCACCUACUCGGGACCAAACGGCCACCCACACCACCAUACAUCCCAGGGCUCAUAUGGACAGGGCCACACCCAGGGCUAUGCAAUGACAGGACGCCUCCAUUCCUCAAGCCACGGGUCGGCAGAGUCCAUGGACCAUUACGGCAGGGUCUCCCCAGUGCAGUUGGGCUCUUUCUCCCAGUAUAGCAGUGCUGCAGGUCCUAUCUCUAACACAGGGGGUUACCUGAGACACCCCACGUACCCAGGGAAUAUGGACAGGUUUGUGUCUGCCAUCUGAGCUACUGAGAAUCUAGAUCUGAGCAUCUCACUACCUUGUGAACAGAACAUCAGAGAGACUUGAGACGGCACCAAAUGAGCCAGAGAUGAUUGUUUUAGUUUGUUUGAGAGAUUUAAUAAGACAAAACUCAACAGACUUUUUUUUUUUUUUUUAAACUCUCCUGACACAACUGUGAUUUACCACAUUAACCCUACAACCCAUUUUGCAUAUUGAUGGUAAUUUACUGAGAUAAACACUAUACAUUUUGAAUUAAAUGUCAAGGCCUCUUCACAGAAUAUGAGAGUGUAAAAUGCAUCCAAUGCUGCCAUUGGAGGCUACCAGUGGUUGCAAGCUUUUUUGUUUUGUCAUGAAUUGAAUGUGCAAGUUUAAGAUUUACAGUACUGGCUAGUUUAAGUGACAGACUUUGAAAUGUUAGAAUAAAUUAUUGUGCUUCAUGGUCAUAGGCUUUGCAAUAAGUGGCUUGUGUGAAUAACAUUAACUUUGGUAUAUUUGCAUGUAUUUUGUUGCCAAAUGAAAAUGCAUAUUAGGUUGCCUUUUUGGAAA